AUGCCCCUGCUCGGCAACAUCAAGGACCUUCCGCCACCAGGAAAGCUUGAGUAUACACAUUGGCUAGAGCUCAAAAACAUCUAUGGACCUAUCAGCUCUAUCACCGUCUUGGGCCAGACCCUUGUGUUCAUUCACGACAAGAACAUCGCUGAUGAAUUGCUAAAUAAGCGUUCAGCAAUUUAUUCAGGGCGACCGAGGCUAAGGUUCGGCCUAGACAUGGUCGGCUGGAUUGACGCUAUGAGCAGUCUGCAGAACAACGCACUGCACCGACUCUAUCGAAAAUAUGCAUAUCAACAGAUAGGGUCAAAGGCGGCGGUAUCGCGGUACCAUUCGAUGCAGGAGGCGAUCGUCGGUCGAACUCUUCAACGUAUGAAAGAGUGCGGAGGCAGAGACCUUGUCCAUAACCUCAAAACGCAAACUGGAAGCCUCAUCCUCAGAGUCUUGUACGGCUACAAGAUUGAACAGAACGAAGCUGACCCACUGAUCGCCAUGGCGGAUGUCGCAAUGGACCAGUUCAGCCAAGCUACCGUUCCCGGUAGGUGGCUGGUAGACACGAUCCCCAUGCUCGCUCAUGUUCCAGAAUGGUUGCCAGGAGCAGGCUUUAAGAAAACAGCACGGCUGUGGAGGCACAACGUCCUAAGCUGCGUCAACGUGCCUUACAAUUUUGCUAGGAAGCGGCACUCGGGCGGAUCGGCGAGCAUGUCAUUUGUCUCACGCUCGAUGGACGAGGCUGAAGCUGACAACGGCGGAUGUGCAUUGAGUGAGGAACAAGAACAUGCGAUCAAAUGGACUGCUGUAUCUUUGUACGUGGGAGGCGAAGACACUUCUGCUGAGACACUCAAUGCGUUCUUCCUAGCAAUGAGCAUGUUCCACAACGUACAACGCAAAGCACAAGAGGAGAUCGACCGCGUGGUGGGAGCGCAAAGAAUGCCGAAUUUUGGCGAUCGAGAUCGGCUGCCGUACCUGAACGCUGUUGUCGACGAAGCGUUACGGUGGCAUCCUAUUGUUCCUAUGGGCGUUCCCCACUUGUCUGAUGAAGAGGACUGUAUCAACGGCUAUCGCAUCCCCAAGGGCGCGAUAGUCCUUCCCAACGUAUGGUGGUUUACGCGCGACUCGAAAGUCUACCAUGAUCCUGAGACUUUCAAACCCGAACGAUACAUGGAGCCAUACAAUGAGCCCUCUCCACGAGACUUUGUAUUUGGAUUCGGACGCAGGAUAUGCCCUGGACGUGUCUUGGCCGACUCCUCGUUAUACCUGACGUUCGCGCAGGUACUUGCAACUUUCAAUGUUGUACCAGCAGUGAACGAACGUGGGGACACGGUGAAAAAUGUGCACACCUUUGGUCCAGGCCUUGUCUCAAAAGUUGGCCCAUUCAGCAUCGAAGUGAGAGUUCGAAGCGAGGCGCAUGGUGCUACGCUUGAUGAGCUAAUGAGAAGAUCUCCAUCGGAGGAAAGCGACGCAAAAUACUUGGACGGUUUGGCGAAAGGCGUUUUAUCGAAUGGCUCGCAAUAG